AUGGCCAUCGAGACCGAGACACCACGUGGCGCGUCGGCAGCUGACGACGCGCCAUGUAAAGGCUUUGAGAAACACCGCGUCUUUGGCCCAUCGGCCGAGGCCGUCCGCGCCGUCGUGCGCCUCCAGCCACUUCGCCCGCCCAGCGCCAUGCUCGCACAGCGCUCCGAGGGCAGCCUCGCGCCCAUUCAGCACCAUCCGCUGCCGCGCUCCGUGACGGCGCCCGCGGAUGGCAAGGAGCCCGUCGCCCUCGACGCUCCCUCCAGCAGCCUUCGCCCGCCGCGUCGAGCACCGCGCGCGAUCCUCGACGACCUUGCCUUGCUCGCGCGCGCGCUGUGCCCGUUCGUGUGCACGCCUGCGCAGUGGGGCGGCCUCCGCCCGCGCCUUCUGCGGCUGCUUCAGAAGCGCGACUUUGACGCGCAUGACGUCGUAUCGCCCGUCUCUUCUCUCUCGCCGCUUGUCGUUCUCGUCGCUGGAUCCGUGCAAUGUGGCGACGACGGCGACGUGCUCCAUGCCGGGCACUUGGUCGGCGGCGAUAGCUGGCUCUUCGAUGCGGUGACGCAAUCCAAGGUCGUUGCAACGUCUCCAACGACCGCGUACGUCCUGCCACGAUCGGCGCGGGCGCAUGUCCUCGCGCUCGCAACGCCCGAGUCGCUCCUUUCCCAGGCCACACGCCUCGCCUCGGUGCUCGCGCAGGACCCUGCGUGGGCGGGCGUCGCGCCAAGGGACGUGUGGCAGCAUCGAUGCACAGCGACCACGUCAUCGUUGCGCCACGCCUGCGAACCGGCCAGUGUCCACCUCCUCUUGCAUGGCACUGCAUCCUGCCACGAUGUACCCCUCGAGGUCGGCACCCUUCUUGUCUCGAGCUCGCCGCGCGCGCUGGUGCCAAGCGCGGGGGCGGUGUGGGUGCAGCUUACGCACGCCGAGGUCGCGGCGCUCCUCGGCGACGACGCUGCUUGUGCGUACGUGAGUCGAUGCGAGGUCGAGCCAGGCAGCAGCAGCAUCGACGAGUUCGAGCUCCUGCAAGCGCUCGGGGCCGGCGCGUUUGCCUCCGUGUCGCUGGCCUUGCACCGGCCCACGAGCGCGCUGUGCGCACUCAAGAUCAUUCCCAAGAACGGGCUGCCGUCGCUCAAGCUUGCGCGCCAGGCCGUCACCGAGCGUGACGUGCUGGCCUCGGUGCAUAGCCCGUUCGUAGCGCGCUACCUCACGUCGUUCCAGGACGACUGGAAUCUUUACCUGGCGUCCGAGUUUGUGCAAGGCGGCGAGCUCUACGAGCGGGUGCAUGGCCCACACGCCGCCGUCCUCGACGAGUCGGCCGUGCUCUUCUACGCCGCGAACGUGGCGCUCGCCCUCGACGCGUUCCACACCAGCGGCAUCGUCUACCGCGAUCUGAAGCUCGAGAACGUCCUGCUCGGCGCCAACGGGUACCUCAAACUCAUCGACUGUGGCUUCGCACGCCAUGUCAUACACGCACGCGCUUACACGCUCUGCGGCACGCCCGAGUACAUGGCACCCGAAUUGAUUGCAGGGCGUGGCUACGGUCGGGCCGUCGACUUUUGGGCUCUGGGGGCGCUCGUCUAUGAGUUGGCGACCGGCCACUCACUCUUUGCCCGCGACGACGGGAACCAAACGCUCGUGAUGGCGCGAAUCCGCGCCGUGCCGACCCUCGGGCUGCCGCUCGGUCCCGAGUUUCAAGUCUCUUGCAGCCCUCGUCUGCGGUCGCUCAUCCUGGAGCUGCUGCACGUCGACCCGACAAAGCGAUUGGGGGCGCGGGGGCUUCAAGAGGUGGAAGAGCACGCUGCCUUUGCCGACCUCAACUGGUCGGCGCUGCGGGCCCAAGCCAUCGCCGCACCGUACGUUCCAGCGCUGACGAGCCCGCGCGACACGCAGCAUUUUCACUUUCACACCGUCGACGACCAAGACGACGCUUUCGAGAGCAUCGAGUCCCCCGCCACCGAGCUCCAAGCCGCCUUUGCGACUAUCUUUGCUAUGUUUUAAGUUGCUGUACACA